UCGUUCUCGAGCUCUACUAAUCCGAAUCUCCGAGAAAGAUUCCUUUGUUUCAAGAACUGAGUAAACAAAAGAAAAAAAAAAUGGCAUCAUGGAAGAAAACAAUAGCAACACCAUUCAAGAAGGCAGCAACACUCUUCAACCAACCGCAGCAAUCGCCAAGAAAGGGUUGCGGCGGUGGAAAAAUGGAUGCCAAAGCGAGGGAAGAGCACGAGAGGAGGAUGGUAAGAGAGCUUCAAGGAGAAGUUAUGGCUUGUGGAUACGAUGAUGUUCUCGUCAUGUGGUCUAUUCUCGACAAAUCUAACUCCUCCAAUAACCUCACUUCUUAACCCCAAACCAGACACCAAACAAAUGGUUUUCUUAUCUGCCUUUUGUACAUAUAUAUCAAAAGUGGUAGCGAUCACCUCCUUCUCCUCCUCUUCUUCCUAUAGUUACCCUCUCAUGUCUCUUUGUAAGGUCUAGUGAACUUUUUUUCGACGAAUUAUCGUCGAGAAUUUAGAUGUUGCUCUUUCCUCUUUUGAUAACCCACGUGAUUCUGUUACUGUGGGAUUUUUUUAAAAGAGGAAAAAAUCUUUCUUGAGUUUUACAUCAUCUGCAUGAUAUGAUUAGGAUUA